AUGGCAGCGGCUAAAUCUGACCCGCAUUCAUAUGUACUUCCUAUUGCAGAGUCGCAGCGAAUAUUUGAUCGAGAUAUCGUACCGGCUGAACUUGGCUCACUCGGGAGCUCGAAAACCACCGAUGGAAACAUCAAGCCGGUUGCCGUUUUCGUGGUGGGUCAGACCGGCGCCGGCAAGACCCGUACAGCACCGGCGAUCAAGGUGGUCAUGCAAUCUCACCGUGGGCAGCCGGCGCAUUUUAUAGCCGACACCUACAAAACAUAUCACCCGGCCUAUCCACGUCUCGUGGUAGAAGCGCCGGCUUUGGCAUCUCCCGCCACGGGUACUGAUGCACGCCGCUGGCUCGCUAUGGCGGCAGAGCAUGCCAUCGGCCGAGGUAUAGACGUCCUCCUCGAGUCGGCCUGCAGAAACCCGGCGGACUUCGCCGAUUUGGCUCAAGCUUUCCAUGAUGCCGGGUACAGAGUAGAGGUAGCCAUCAUGGCUGUGCCUGAGGGUCUUAGUCGCCUUGGCAUUCUCACACGGUUCUACGAGCGACUGCCAGAGGCGGGGUCACGAAAUUUGCCUCCGCGACUGACACCAACGAAGGUGCAUGCCGAUUCGUAUGAAGGGCUUCUCGACGCUGCAGUCUUUGUGGAUGAAUCUUCUGCAGUGGACCAGAUCGUCGUCGUGCGUAGGGAUCAUGCGGUGGCGUAUGCUAACGAGAGAGUAAACGGUUCGUGGAAACGUGCAGCGGCAACAAGAAAGUCCCUCAUGGAACAAAGGGAUCGCUGUCUUCCCAAGGAGCUGUCCAUUGCCAGAAAAGAUAUCGAAAACCUGAGAGGUUUGGCUAUUCCAGAGUUACCGCCACAGCUUGAGGAGAUCGAAAGUCUCCUGGGACCAUUGAUGGAUGAAAACAACAAUACUCACGCUCCCCCGCUAAGACUAUUAGUACUGCCCGAUAUAGGGGUUGCUGGUCACUCCUAUGAUGUCAAUUUGGAUCUAACUCUUGGAACGAUUGCGGAUAAUCAAUGA